AUGAACUCUCUGUGGUCCUCGCGGCCUGCCAACGACGGCACCGCCGCCGAGAAGGAACCACCCCCGACCGUCGAUGUCGAAAAUGCCGUGAUAGCGGAUGCUGUCAUCGCAGACGUGGGCCCUGACACGAGCAACCCACCUCCUCCGCCUCCACCACGACCGUCCUUGCAGAGGAACUCAUCUGCACCUUCACCAGCUCCGGCGCCAGUUCCAAUUCCCCCGGCUCCGAUGCCUCCUGCGCCCGAACCUCAGCAGCCUACCGACUCGCUUUCUUUGCUACAGCUCAGGAAAAUCGUUGCUGAAUUUAGUCGAGGCGAACCUGUCGCCUACGAUUUCGUCUAUGAUGACAGGGGUGUCCACGACGAGGAGAUUGACGAGUGGUUUGUAUACCAAUUUUGGCAAUGGGUACGACUGAACGCGGCACAGCGGGCCUUCGAAUGGCAGUGGCAGCACGAUUACGACAUACAGACAACUUGGGAAGAGACGGAGCACCAGAGAAAGGCCAAGUUCACUCUAGAUGCCCUAGACGGUCUUCAAAUUAAGGACCCGGCACAACGCUCCGCGCAUAUUGGCAAAAUUCUGUACCUGGUGCUGGGGCGAUGGGGUGAUACGUCGACGCCUGCCACUGUGGGUGACAGAAGAUCGGCUGCUAGUGCGACGCAGUUGGAGGCCAUCAGAUCAAGCAUCAGCUUCCUGACGUCUCUGGGUGGCAUUAAUACUGUUUGGUCGGCUCUGCAAAGUUGCUUUGAUGUGUUUUGGUCGGAUGAUGUUCGCCUCGUCCAGCCCGGCGGCGCCCAAGAGGCCCAGGAUGAACUUAUCAAUCUCAUGACCAUCAUGUAUGUCAUCAUUCAGGAGGCUUUCAGCUUCCCCAAGGAGCUAGAGGCUACCAGAUCCGAGCUUCUUUCUCUCAAGCCCGGACUAGCUGAUUUCAUGUCACUGGCAACCUCGAAGCUGCGGUGGGACGAUGGAAAUUUGAUGCCGUCUAGUCAGAUUUUUUUGCUCUUUUGGAAAACCAUUCUGCUCGUUUUCGGUGGCACCCGAGAGAUAGACGAGACGAAAAAGUCAACGAAUGAAUCGCCGAAUGCCAAGUCCAAAGACUUCAUCACCGCAUCGCCUCUAGAUUAUCACGUGUUUCGACAAGAGCUCACAUCCAAAUAUCCGGCCUAUGUCCCUCCGCGGACACUCAUACCCCUGGAACCUGAGAACACAACGCUUCUUCCGCCCAUACCAAAUCAGCCUACCAGGACCAGCGCUGCCAAUGGAAUUUUCCCCGGGCCGCCCGCCUCACAGAGCGGCGGCGCUUCUAUCUUGCAUCAACCCGUGCAUAUCGCGACGCCCGCUCCAUCACCGCCGCCGUCUCCUGGUGUUGGAGGCAAGGGCGGGAAAAAGCAAAAUUACCAGACGAACCAGAACUUCCCAUUCAUGUACCCACCUCUAGAUGCUACAAGCAAUAGCGCUGGUGGAAAAGGUGGGGCUGGCUUGCAGGAACAGCUUGUCGGUCGUAGAUGGGAGGGCAGUGAUAUUCCUGCGUCUAUUCUGGAGGCGGGCGAAUUAUUUGCAAAGAGAGUUCGCAUGACCCGCGCGACGCGACAGCUGUGGGAAGAGCGCGAAAGCUUCCUAAGGUUUGAGAGGGGGUGGGAAGCAGAUGCCAGUGACAGCGAUGUUGACAGCCUCGAUCUCGAAGGGCUAAGCCUGGAAGAGAAGCAGGAGAUUGCUAUGCUCAGGGCAGAGACCAAGGCUGAGGAGCGCAGGGAGGCGCAGCUUUCGAUGCGAGAGCCCGAAAUCGACUGCGGGCCUUCGGUAGACAAAGUGAAUGACGAGAUCAAGCGGCGUCUGCUUGCUGUCGAAAGCUUCUAUAAAGAAUCUCUUCCUCAUCUGCAGUCGCUCGUAAUCGUCCUGCUGAGGCCGAUACUUAUGAAUGUCACCGCUGUGCUGUCGCAGCCUCCGCAAGGUCAACAACAUCCGAGUAUGGCCGGCAGAGGGGUGAACGGUGGUAUGAACGGCGGCGCUGGUCCUAAUAGACAACAGCAGCCUCAGGACCCUUCUUCAGCCGGAGGCGGUCCACCAGAGCUCCCUGAGAUGUCGCCUGAAGAGAUCGAUGCUGCGCGAUCCCGGGAAAUUACUACAAAGGCCAUAACGGGUAUCCUUUUGCUUCUGCUGAAGUGGCUCAGAGUCUCUCACGUUCUGAAAUCCGAAUACAUGACGCAACUUUUGCUGGAUUCUAACUACCUCCCGCUAGUGCUCAAGUUAUUCGCCCAUCAAGAUGUUCAGCAAGUUGUUGACAGCAAGACGGACCGACUGGAGAACAGCUUUUUCCACUUCUGCAAUCUACGGUCGAAAUUCAAGGAAAAGCCGCCUGUUCAAGCAGAGCCGGACGAGGAAGAGAGCGAAGACGAAGCUGCGCCACCGCCUAUCAAGAGAAGGCGGUCACCGCCUCGGGUCGCGACUGUCGCCACCCGCGAUGAUGAUGAUACCGGCAAGCUUGAAGGACAGGCUGCGGUGCGGCCUGAAGUUGAUGAACUCGGAUAUCCCGUCAACGACCUGCCCGCGGAACCCAUCACCGAUUUUUCGAGAAGAAAUUUCUUCUCACUGAUCAACUACCUCCGAAUCAUGCAAAAGAUUUGCAAACACAAGGCCCACAGGAACCUUCUCCUGGUGCAGUACAAGUCUGCCAACAUUCUGCGCAAGUCCCUCAAGAUUCCCCAACCAGAGCUCCGACUGUACACCUUGAAGCUAUUCAAGAACCAAGUGCCCUACUGCGGCCGGAAGUGGCGGCAGAGCAAUAUGCGAGUCAUCACGGCAGUAUACCUGCACUGCCGGCCCGAGCUGCGUGACGAGUGGCUGGCCGGCAGCGACGUCGAUGCUGAAGUGGACUCGGCGCUACCAUUGGAGCAGGCGCUGCGCAGUCUGACGCACUGGUUCAAUGUGCGGCGAUACCCGGACAAGAUCGCCGCCGAGCUGCGGGCCGCCCUCCGCGAGGAGCAGGACUUUUUUACGAGGGAGCUGGAGAAGCUGGACAUGAACUGGGCGGAUGUUGGGGCCGACGACGGCGCAAACAGUGAGUGGGAGCAUGAUGCGGCCGGAUGGCCAUAA